AGAAUUAAACCACAAAGCACCAUAUGUCGUCUGCAGACGGAAUAAUAAUAUCAUCACAUUAAUACUACAUAAUUGUCCAUCAAUUGUGCUGCUCUAAGAAGGAACAAUUCCCGAGAUAAAAUUCGUCGCAGUUAUCGUGAAUGACCUGUUAGCGGAAGUUGACAGCAUGCUCGUGUGACGUCACACGGAAAACAGAAACAAGAUGGAAAACUGAAUCGUACAGGUGCGUAUAAACAGUGUUAUCAUGAUGAAUUCUGACCUAAUUAACUCCAAGUUCGAAGCUGAGGAUGAGGGGAAUGGAAACGAGGAAGAGCCUGAAGUUGUCAUUCGCACUGGAAUUAACUACUUCAAGGAAUACGUGGAAGCGAAAGGCCACAACCUGCAGAGCCUUAGGUUGAUGCCGCCCAUACAAAUAGCAGAAUACUUGAAAGAUUUCUACACCGCGGUUAAAUCGCAAGACGUGGAGCCUUUCCCGUCGUCCCUGAAGUAUAUCAGGACAGGGCUGCACAAGUAUUUCAUGAAGCACCAUAGAAUUGACAUUGUGAAAGAUAGAGACUUCGAGCUCGCUAAUAGUGUAUUUGAUGUGACAGUAAAACAGGUACCUAGGCGAUGUCACAGGCUCCGAAUAGAAUUCGAAGACCUGAAGAAAUUGUACAUGGGACCUGCAUUAGAACUGGACCAACCAGAUACGCUGCAGAACAAAGUGUUUUUCGAUGUCAAUUUGUACAUUUGCAAUCGUGGAAAAGAUUUUCUGAGAGUGAUGUCGAAAUCUGAUUUUGAGGUGGCUACAGACAUGGAGGGAAGAAGAUACGUUUGGUUAAAGUACAAUUCCAAAUUUAGUUUCAAAGAACUUAUUGGGGGCCUGAGUGAAAAUGACUCGGUCAUUCAUGGAAAUCAGAUCGGCGAACGCAUGUAUGAGCGACCAGGUGACCCUAAGUGCCCAGUGGCCUCUUUCCUUCAGUACCUGUCUCAUCUCCAUCCAAUGACCGAGGCGUUCUGGCAGCGACCCAAGCGGAACUUUGUCUCGGCGGACUAUGUCUGGUACGACAACACGCCCCUCGGAAACAGCACCAUCAGUAAAAUCAUGACCCGUACCUGUCAGAUGUCAGGGCUGUUUGAGAACUACACAAACCAUGCUAUCAAGAGUUCUUACAUUCCGGUCAUUGAGAACAUCUGUCUGGAGGCAGUCAGGAAGGCCCAGAUUGAGGCUGGGAGGAACUCCCCACUCCUCCACCAGCGCAGACAGGUUUCCCGCACUGACUCCGGGAUCGGAGAGGGGUCAGUGUGCUCUGAUGUCAAGGACAACCACCCAGAUGACCUUGACGACCCCAAAGAUGGAUUGCGUCAGGCCAAAAUGAAAGUCCUUGAUGUGGUUCACAGUUUGGAGGUCAAGGACAUUCGUACCUUUGUGGAGUGGCUGAAGACAUUCCGCGUAGAGUACGAUGGUGGAGGCCUAGUGGUAAUGUGCAGUCCCGUGGAUCAAUCCAAUGGUGAGGCUAGGGGGGACAUCAAACCAAAGAUAGACCUAGGACUGAUGAAUGGGGACAAGAUGAGGGAAUACUCCCCCACCCCACCCCCCAAAAACAAGUCUGGGUCCCCAGCCCCGGUGGUCCACAAAAACAUAGAUCCCCUGUCUCGGUUUGUCCAUCAGGACAGCAGGGAGAGGAUGUUGGAGGACAGGGCGGGGGACCUAGGGGUGGCGGUCAAACAGGUGGAGUUUGAGAGUGUGAACCACACACACUGCUCCUCCGAUGCCAUUGCUCCCUUGAAGAUCACAGUGCCUGACGAGAGUUCCAUCUUGUUGUCUGGGGUGAUGGACAAUGUGCAGGUCCUUGUACACAGCAAGGAUGCUCCCUCGGUCAUUCCAGAACCUCUUAAGUCCAGGAUUUUCUACUCCCAGCAUGAAAAAGAUGUGGCUGUGUUGUCUGUUCUCAGUAACAAAAGCAGCACCAUGAAAUUGGCAACUCAGCAGCCUUCGUCCGCAACAGAGAAACCAGAGGUGUCCUCAAAGUUGCUGCAGGAUAAACACAAACCGGUCAAAAAGAGAAGCCUAACGGACCUGAAUGCGGGAAUUCCACGAGAGGAGUACGAGAUUCCACCGAGAAAACAGCCAGCCUUGAGCACCAUUCCACCAUUGCUGAAGAACGACCUAAUUCCCAAGUUCCAGCAUACCUCUGAGUUUAAGCCUACAUCCAUUUACAACGUCCCAAUGAUCAGUCACUCCCCGCUGUACGACCGCAUCCCACGCACCAGAAACAUGCCGUUUGGACCAGUCCAUCGCAGUCACAGCAGUCCUCUCAUUACGUUCGCUAACAGUAUGGCCUCCUCGGUGCUGCGUAGUACAGAGGAAGGCAGGGAGGGUGGACAGGCAUCCAACAAGUGAUGACCGACCUCCAGGAGACAGAACCUCAAGGUCAUGUUUCUAAAGGUUGCUUCAAGUGGUCAGAAGUAUUAGUAGGUCAUGUGCAGUAGAAAGAAAUGUUUGUAGGUCAUGUGCAGUAGAAAGAAAUGUUUGUAGGUCAUGUGCAGUAGAAUGAAAAUGUUUGUAGGUCAUGUGCAGUAGAAUGAAAUGUUUGUAGGUCAUGUGCAGUAGAAAGAAGCAGCAGCUGUGAUUAUAAGCUCUCUUAGCCGGUGAAACAACAUUGAUGGAAGCGUAGAAAUCAAAGUAUUAGUGCUGUUUAUGUGUUGUCUCUCAGAAGAAGUGGUGCCAAACGUGUCUGUUAAGGGACUGGUGUACAUAGGAACCUAUUCCAAAUUGUUAUUGUUUUUUGUUAGUGUAGUUAUGUAAGAGUUACGCUGUAGCGUUAUUGUUGCCCUGGUUUGGAUCAGAUGUGGCCCUGCUCACGCACUCCGAUAUUUUGAGAGCUGCUGGAGUCUAUGCUUGUGCAUCCACGGUUCAGAUCCAACAUCAGAUAAACGAUUUGUAAUGAUAUAAAAAAAUGAUUUGUUAGAAAGUAUUAUUAUAAAUAAUAUUACCAUAAUUGUUAUGAAGUGUAACAUGUUUUAUGUAACAAUUUUUUUUGUAUUUUUUAUAACCUUAGUAAAGAUGUCUACUUGUGUACUUGCAUCCAGUUUGAAACACAACAACAUAGUUAUGUUAUAAGAUUGGUAUUUCCGUGUAAAAAAGAGAAAUGUGUCUGACAUGGUUGUUGCAGGCUGUGAUAGGGGUCAUUGAAUAAAGGUCAGGAUUGGCCGGACCAGGCUUUGCAUGUCAUGCGUGACGUCUGAGCAAAGUUCAGCCAUGAGUGGACCAAGGCCAGUGAUGUCAUGCAUGACUGGUAACUGGUCAUGCAUCACAGAUUAUGUGAAUUGAUGAUAACUGUUUUUGAAUUAAAUGAUUUGCUGAUAAGCAUAUUGAUGAUUUAAGAUAAACUGAUUUAAGUCCAAUGUACAGAAUAUACACUUGUUACAAACCAUAGUGAAAAAAAAUUGUUUUAGCCUUUUUUUAACAUUUAUAGCUAAUUUAAAAAAAACAUCAAACCAAUCUUUUGAAGAUUUUUAAAAUUAAAGUCUUUUGAAACUGUUUUCUAAAUUUUUGGUAAUUUAUUUCAAUUUUUGAUAUCAAUAUUGGUUUUUAUAUUAAAUUUAAAUGUGUCAUGCAUUAUAGGACAUUAUAUACGUAUAUACAACUGAUGAAAACAUAACCACUUAUUUGCUUGAUCAACAGAUUAACAACUUUAUAUGACAUUCCAUACAUCUUGUUUAUGUAAAUAAUUCACAGAUGUUCUUGAUUUUCUUGUUGUAACUGUGGUAUUUGUUAAUAAGUAUGCAUACCUAACAAAUCCGGUGAAAAUGUGUUCACUAUAAUCGCAAAAAAGGAAGGGGACUCAAACAGGUUGGGGCCAUUCAUCCAAAUAGGAUAUAAUGUCCAAAGUUGGAAAUUAAAUUACAGUGCAAAAAAUAAAAAAAAUGAUUUUGCAAAAAAUAUUGUAAAUCUGCAUUAAAGUACAUAAAAUUAACCAGCUUUUGAUAAGCAGGUACAGGUAACUCUACAGGUUGGGAGAUCUAUCAGGUACGUGUAGUAUAUCCAAAAUUUCUUAGGGAUCAAUCUAAAGAGUUUCAGAAAAACCUGUUUACCAAAAGUCGUUGUAUUUAAUGUAUGUUUGUGCAGAUUUAUGACAAAAAUUACUAAUAUUCUUUGAUAUCCCAUUGUUUGCACUGUAAAUAUACAUCCCAUUUUGGAUAUUAUAUCCCCAUCCAGCUAUUAUAUCAAAAUCCUUUUUGGGCAAUUGGUCUCAACCUGUUAAAAGAUCUAUAGUCAGUUAAAUGUAAGAUAAUUCAGAAAACUAAUUUUGCUGAAUUGAUAAGUAUUAAAGCAAAUCCAUCUAGGAACAUGAUUGGAGUAACAUGUAUGUACUAAAAUUUGUUUUAUUUCAUGUUUUUGUCGGCUAAAGAUAUGAUAUUUUGUAUGCAUUGACAGAUGUUUAGAGGAGUUGAGAAAGAAUAUGAUGAAUAUUUUUAACUUCCCUUUGAGUUAUGAACAUGUAAAAUAACUGGUAAUACUGUUACUAGUAAAAUGACUGUCAUGUA